AUGGAGCAGGAAAAUAGGUGGCCAGCUAUGCAUCAGUCUCCCAUGGAUAAUGAGCAGUCAACACCAACAUUGCAUGUAUCUGUGUCUCCUGGAAGCAGUGGAGUUCAUCAGCCACAGGCCACUCAACAUUUGUCAAGGAUGUCAAGGCUUUUUAUGUUUUCUGCUGAGGAAUCCAGGCAGAAUGAGGGUGAAGGGGAGUCACAGUUCAUUAUGUCACUCCCUGAGCAUAGUGGGAGCACCUCCCAACUGACUCCUCCACCUUCCCAGAUGUAUCAUCAGACACCAUCUAACCACCAACCAGGGAGAAUGAUUGACUCGAGAUCCCACAUGAUGCCCUUAGGGAGUCCAGGUACUCUGGGAGUGACCAUAGCCUUUAGAGAGAAUCUGUUGCCUCACAGCAGCCUGCCAGGCUCAGCUUCUAGUGUCCCAGUAAUGGCCCACAGUAGUGCCGCAACAAUGCCUUAUUCUGUCUCCUCAGUAGUACCUGCUACCACGGGCUCUUUAAAUUGCGGAAUAUUAUUGGUCCCAGGCAUGCCUUCCACUGUGACCCAUGCCAUGUCCCCCUCUAUGGAUCAGAUGUUGCACUUAAAUCCCUACCACCCUGGGAUACCCCCACCUGGGCUCCAGCCAUUGCCAGCUUUAGAAUCCCAGGACUCAUUUGAGACCCAGUCAAAUCGCCUGGAAGAACCUUUCAUUCGUGAAAAGCCCACACCAGCUCCACAGGCGACAGAGAACUCCAGUGUUCCAGGAGGGGCACCCAGGAAGCCUCCCCCAGUUUCAAGGCCUUACCUCUGUUCAUACAACAACUGUGGAAAAGCUUAUACCAAGCACUCUCACCUCAUGAGUCACCAACACAAACACACAGGUGAGAAGCCCUACAUAUUUGACUGGGAGGGCUGUAUAUGGUCUUUCUUCCACUCUGAUGAGCUCAGACGACGUGGAUGGAUCCACACCAGAUAUCGACCACAUAAAUACAAGGAUUGUGGCCAGCAGUUCAUGAGAUCCUACCAUCUCAAGCAACACCAAAAAACUCUUCACACUCAUCAGCGCGUGCCAGAUUUCCUGACACCUAAGACCAACAGUGGACCGACAGAUGGACAGAUAGGUGGUCCUCUUGCUCCUAGUCAGAGGCUUUAG